AUGGACGAGCAUUCUGCAGAGUGGUCGGUCGUCGAAUCGAAAUCCUCCAGAAACAAAAGACGCAAGAUCGAGCACAAGGCAGACGGUUAUCCCAGUAUCAAUUUCCUCAAAGCAAGACCUGAACGUGUCGAGCUGAAAGCCCUGCAAGAUCUCGUUCUCUACGUCUUAGCAGAUGGAGUCGCGCCAACUUGGCUGGCUGUUAAUAAUGCCAGGCAGAUCAAGAAGGCCGUGGUCUUGAUGGUGCCCGGCCUCGACCGCGAGACACUACUGGAUUCUGAACUAUGGGCCAGCAUUACUGAGAAGAAUGAAUACGAGAACUCCAAUCUGGUAAAGCGGCCGACAGAUCCCCCUGAUGUUGCCCAUCAAGAUCACCAACACCGCGCGUCAGUCGGCUCUUCUCCCGUCGAGCUACAUCCAGAGGCGAAAACCCGUGUCCAAAGCACGAAACCUUCAUACCCGCGCGAGACUCUUCUUCAACAUGUCCUACAGGUUCGAGCGCCGGGAGAUUCGAGCAUGAGCAGAGUUCACUCUCCCCUGCAAAACAUGCUCAUUGCCCCAUUUUCAGGGUCAUCGGGUCAGAAAGCGAAGAACGGCAAAGACGAGAAGUCCUUCCAAGCAGUUCGCACCCCAGUGGUGCACUUCGUUCACUCGGCCGAUGAGCUACGCGACGCAGAGUACCCGAUACACCCGGCAGCAUUCACCGAUCCGCAGACUGCGAAGUUGGAGCGAGAGAGAAGAGAGAAAACUGGCCAGUCUGCGUCUGAGGGUUGGGUCAACACCAACGUGGAAGUCCCAAACCCCCAAACUCUCCCGUCUCCCUCAUCUCCUAAAUUCCACGAUCCCGUGACGCAAGGCUUGAAGCCUUAUGCGUUAGACUGCGAGAUGGUCCUUACCUCCGACGACAAGUAUUCCCUGGCUCGCGUCUCUCUCGUGGACUGGUCCGGUAAGACCGUCUUAGACAAAUACGUCAAACCAUCCAUAACCAUCCAGAACUACUUUACGGAAUUCUCUGGCGUCACGGAAGAGAUCCUCAGGGAUGUCACAACAACGCUGGAGGACGUUCAGAAGGAGCUACUCGGUAUUCUUGGCCAGGACUCCAUCUUACUUGGCCACAGUCUCGAAUCGGAUCUCAACGCGCUGAGACUCACCCAUCCGUUCAUCAUCGACACUUCAAUCAUCUACCCACACCCUCGCGGCCUGCCGCUACGCUCAUCCCUCAAAUUCCUCGCAAACCGCUAUCUCAAACGAGAGAUACAGAAGGGUGGCGCUCAUGGACACGAUAGCGUAGAAGACGCUCUGGCGGUGUUGGAUCUGGUCAAAUUGAAGUGUGAGAAGGGACCAAAAUGGGGCACAUUGGAUGCCAACGGAGAGAGCAUCUUUCGCAGAAUCGGAGGGACGCUGAAGAUGGAUGAUGGCCGAGGAGACAUCGUGCUGAAGACGUCAGCCAUUGUAGAAUACGGCACUCCGGAACGAGGACUCGGAAAAGACGCAACCUAUCACAUUGCUUGCGAGAAUGAUGACGAGAUUGUCCGUGGCAUCCUCAAGGCUGCCCACGGAGACACUGGCGGCGGCGACGGAGUGGACCAAGGUGUUAAUCCGGAAGAGGAGGAACCGAACAGGAACACGGAACAGGGCAAAGGGCACCAACCGAAGGCCCAAACCAUUCCACCGCGUGGCGUCGACUUUAUCUGGUCCCGCCUCCGCGAUCUUGAAGCCGUACGCAAUUGGAACACUCUUCCCAGCGACAAUUUCGGCACGACGCUCUCCACGUCGACGUCGAUGGCUUCAGAGCCCCUAGCGAGCGACCAAUCUCAGGCCGACCGACUCAGGACGGCAAUGCGCCAGACUCUCCAGCGCAUCCUGCAGAUCUACACGUCUCUUCCGCCUCGCACGCUCCUGAUCAUCUACAGCGGCACCAAUGACAUGCGUCCUCUCCUCCGGCUACAGGGCCUACACGCUCAGUACAAGCGGGAGUUCAAGGUAAAGAAGUGGGACGAGUUGAGCGUGAAGUGGACCGACACUGAAGAACAGGAAAUGAAGAAGGCGUGUGAGAAGGCGAGGCGGGGGGUUGGCGUUCUCGCCGUGACACGCUUGAACAGAGAGUGGAGACGAAAGGAAUAA